AUGCCAAACCCUUGCCUGAUUCUGUCACAGACUCGCGAUACAAAGUGUAAAGGUGAACACGAUGCCGACAAGUCGAGUCUCACCGAGAGCGAAAAGGAGGAACUUAUUGCGGAGUUGAAAAGAACUGAAGACGAUAUACAGACGCUUCAGCAAGUGAUAGCGGCUCGUUUAAAGCACGCGAAUGAGAUCAAGCGGAAGUUAGCGAUUACUCCAUGGCAGGAAAUAUCGCAUGAUGUUUCCGAAGGACUUCGAACCGUUAAAGAAUCAGAAGCUUUUCACGUUACUAACGAUUUGAUUCAUCAGGCGACGGACGCGCUGUCCACAGUUGGAAGCAAGGUGUCCAGUAAAAUCGGUCAGCUGCGCAGUACGAGCACAUUCAAGUCAUUCGAGGAACGCGUCGGCUCAGCAUACGCAAACGUCAAGAAUAAAAUCGUGACUUCGACAUCUUCCGAGCGUUUGGGACCAGAGAACGAUUCAAGUGCGCCUGGACAGGCGACUGCGGCUCGUUCGCAGCCGACCACGCCACCUGUGCCGCCAAGUUAA